GCCCGCGAGGCAGCGACUAGAGGAGCGGCCGGGGCCCGCGGGGCCGGAGGGCAGGGAGCAGGAUGUGGUGACUGGACUUAGUCCUCUGCUCUUCAGGAAGCUAAGUAAUCCUGACAUAUCUUCAUCCACUGGAAAAGCUAAACUUCAACGACAGCUAAGUCAAGAUGACUGUAAGUUAUGGAGGGGAAGCUUGGCCAGUUCUCUGUCAGGUAAGCAGCUGCUCCCAUUGUCCAGCAGUGUACACAAUAGUGUUGGGCAGGUGACUUGGCAGUCUUCAGGGGAAGCAUCAAACCUGGUUCGAAUGAGAAAUCAAUCUCUUGGACAGUCUGCACCUUCUCUUACUGCUGGCUUGAAGGAGUUGAGCAUUCCAAGAAGAGGCAGUUUUUGUCGAACAAGCAACCGCAAGAGCUUGAUUGUGACCUCUAGCACAUCGCCCACACUUCCACGACCACACUCACCUCUCCAUGGCCACACAGGUAACAGUCCUUUGGAUAGCCCCCGGAAUUUCUCUCCAAAUGCACCUGCUCAUUUUUCCUUUGUUCCUGCCCGUAGGACUGAUGGACGGCGCUGGUCAUUGGCCUCUUUGCCUUCUUCAGGCUAUGGAACCAACACUCCUAGCUCCACUGUCUCAUCUUCAUGCUCCUCACAGGAAAAGCUGCACCAGUUGCCCUUCCAGCCCACGGCUGAUGAGCUACACUUUCUGACAAAGCAUUUCAGCACUGAGAGCGUUCCAGAUGAGGAGGGACGGCAGUCCCCAGCCAUGCGGCCCCGCUCUCGCAGCCUCAGUCCAGGACGAUCUCCAGUUUCCUUUGACAGUGAAAUAAUAAUGAUGAAUCAUGUGUACAAAGAAAGAUUCCCCAAGGCCACAGCGCAAAUGGAAGAGCGACUAGCAGAAUUUAUUUCAUCCAAUACUCCAGAAAGUGUUUUGCCCUUGGCAGAUGGAGCCCUGAGCUUUAUUCAUCAUCAGGUGAUUGAGAUGGCUCGAGACUGCCUAGAUAAAUCUCGGAGUGGCCUCAUUACAUCACACUACUUCUACGAACUUCAGGAAAAUUUAGAGAAGCUUCUGCAAGAUGCCCAUGAACGUUCAGACAGCUCGGAGGUAGCUUUUGUUAUACAGCUCGUGAAAAAGCUGAUGAUUAUUAUUGCUCGUCCAGCUCGUCUCCUGGAAUGCUUGGAGUUUGACCCUGAAGAGUUCUACCAUCUGUUAGAAGCAGCUGAGGGCCACGCCAAAGAGGGACAAGGGAUUAAAUGUGACAUUCCCCGCUACAUCGUUAGCCAGCUGGGCCUCACACGGGAUCCCCUAGAGGAAAUGGUCCAAUUGAGCAGCUAUGACAGUCCUGACACUCCAGAGACAGACGAUUCCAUUGAGGGCCGUGGGGCAUCUGUACCAUCUAAAAAGGCACCUUCAGAAGAGGACUUUGAAACCAUUAAGCUCAUCAGCAAUGGCGCUUACGGAGCUGUGUUCCUGGUUCGGCACAAGUCUACCCGGCAGCGUUUUGCCAUGAAGAAGAUCAACAAGCAGAACCUGAUCCUACGGAACCAGAUCCAGCAGGCCUUUGUGGAACGUGACAUACUGACUUUUGCCGAAAACCCCUUUGUGGUCAGCAUGUUCUGCUCCUUUGAAACCAAGCGCCACCUGUGCAUGGUGAUGGAGUAUGUCGAAGGUGGGGACUGUGCUACUCUGCUGAAGAACAUCGGGGCCCUGCCUGUGGACAUGGCGCGCCUGUACUUUGCAGAAACAGUGCUGGCCCUGGAGUACUUGCAUAACUAUGGCAUUGUGCAUCGUGACCUCAAGCCUGACAAUCUUCUCAUUACAUCCAUGGGGCACAUCAAGCUCACUGACUUUGGACUCUCUAAAAUUGGGCUUAUGAGUCUGACAACAAAUUUAUAUGAAGGCCACAUUGAAAAGGAUGCCCGGGAGUUCCUGGACAAGCAGGUAUGCGGGACCCCGGAAUAUAUUGCACCCGAAGUGAUCCUGCGCCAGGGCUACGGGAAGCCAGUGGAUUGGUGGGCCAUGGGCAUAAUUCUGUAUGAAUUCCUAGUGGGUUGCGUUCCUUUCUUUGGAGACACUCCAGAGGAGCUCUUUGGGCAAGUGAUCAGUGAUGAGAUUGUGUGGCCUGAGGGUGAUGAUGCCCUGCCCCUGGAUGCACAAGACCUCACCUCCAAACUGCUUCACCAGAACCCUCUGGAGAGGCUGGGCACAGGCAGUGCCUAUGAGGUGAAGCAGCAUCCAUUCUUCAUGGGUCUGGAUUGGACAGGACUUCUUCGCCAAAAAGCUGAAUUUAUUCCACAACUGGAGUCAGAGGAUGAUACGAGCUACUUUGAUACCCGCUCAGAACGUUACCACCACAUCGAUUCAGAGGAUGAGGAGGAUGUGAGUGAGGAUGGCUGCUUGGAGAUCCGUCAGUUCUCGUCCUGCUCUCCAAGGUUCAGCAAGGUAUACAGCAGCAUGGAGAGGCUGUCUCUGCUGGAGGAGCACCGGACGCCACCCCCAACCAAGCGCAGCUUGAGUGAAGAGAAGGACCGCUCAGACAGCUUGGGGGGACUGAAAGGCCGAGACCGGAGCUGGGUGAUUGGCUCUCCCGAGAUAUUGCGGAAGCGGCUGUCAGUGUCCGAGUCGUCUCACACCGAGAGUGACUCAAGCCCUCCACUGACAGUGCGGUGCCGUUGCUCUGGCCUCCUGGACGUGCCCCGCUUCCCUGAGGGCCCUGAGGAGGCGAGCAGCACCCCUCGGAGGCAGCAGCAGGAGGGUAUGUGGCUCAUGACACCCUCAUCUGGAGAGGGGGCGUCAGGACCUCUUCCUGUCCAGCCAGUGAAGCAGAGGCUGAAGCUGGAUGAGGAGCCUGUUGGCCAAAGUAUAGGCUGCAGUCCAGCCAUGGAUUCCCGAGGAGGCUCUGUGACACCGAAGCUGACUGAGGGAACCACUGCCAAGGCCAUUAGCGACCUGGCCGUGCGCAGGGCCCGCCACCGGCUGCUCUCUGGGGACUCUAUAGAGAAGCGUGCUGCCCACCCCAUCAACAAAGUGAUCAAGUCUGCCUCAGCCACAGCUCUCUCCCUCCUCAUUCCUGCAGAGCAUCACACCUGCUCUCCACUGGCCAGUCCCAUGUCCCCACAUUCCCAGUCAUCCAACCCAUCAUCCAGGGACUCUUCUCCAAGCAGGGACUUCUUGCCAGCUCUCGGAAGCUUGAGACCCCCCAUCAUCAUCCACCGAGCUGGAAAGAAAUACGGCUUCACCCUGCGGGCCAUUCGUGUCUACAUGGGUGACUCAGAUGUCUACACUGUCCAUCACAUGGUGUGGCAUGUGGAGGAUGGUGGUCCAGCCAGUGAGGCGGGGCUUCGUCAGGGUGACCUCAUCACCCAUGUCAACGGGGAGCCAGUGCAAGGGCUGGUGCACACAGAGGUGGUGGAGCUAAUCCUGAAGAGUGGAAACAAGGUGUCUAUCUCAACAACUCCUCUGGAAAAUACAUCCAUUAAAGUGGGACCAGCCCGGAAGGGCAACUACAAGGCCAAAAUGGCCCGAAGGAGCAAGCGGAGCCGGGGCAAAGAUGGACAAGAGAGCAGGAAAAGGAGCUCCCUGUUCCGGAAGAUAACCAAGCAGGCCUCCCUUCUCCACACCAGCCGCAGCCUUUCUUCCCUCAACCGCUCCUUGUCAUCAGGAGAGAGUGGCCCAGGCUCGCCCACACACAGCUACAGCCUCUCCCCCAGGUCCCCUACUCAGGGCUACCGGGUGACAGCUGAUACUGUGCAUUCAGUGGGAGGGACUUCCUCACAGAGCAGCUCCCCCAGCUCCAGUGUGCCCAGUUCCCCUGCUGGCUCUGGGCACACAAGGCCCAGCUCCCUGCAUGGCCUGGCACCCAAACUCCAGCGCCAGUACCGCUCUCCACGGCGCAAGUCAGCAGGCAGCAUCCCACUGUCACCAUUGGCUCACACCCCUUCUCCUCCACCACCAGCAGCUUCGCCCCAGCGUUCUCCAUCACCCCUGUCUGGCCAUGGGGCCCAGGCCUUCCCCACCAAGCUUCACUCAUCGCCUCCACUGGGCAGGCAGCUCUCGAGACCCAAGAGUGCCGAGCCACCCCGCUCACCGCUGCUUAAGAGAGUCCAGUCGGCUGAGAAGCUGGCAGCCGCACUUGCUGCUUCAGAGAAGAAGCUGGUCAGUUCUCGCAAGCAUAGCCUUGACCUGCCCCACCCUGAGCUAAAGAAGGAACUGACACCCAGAGAAGCCAGCCCUCUGGAGGUUGCUGGAACCAGGAGUGUACUAUCUGGAAAGGGGACGCUUCCAGGGAAGGGGGUGUUGCAGCCCGCUCCCUCACGGGCCUUGGGCACCAUCCGGCAGGACCGGGCUGAACGGAGAGAGUCACUGCAGAAGCAAGAAGCCAUCCGGGAGGUAGAUUCCUCAGAGGAUGAUGCCGACGAGGGGCCCAACCACACGAAGGGCACUCGGGAACCAGGCGUGGCACCUAACCCAGAAGGGGGCCAGACUCUUCCCAGCAGAGGAGCAGAGGGUGGUGAAGAGGAAGCCUUCUUGCCCAGUGAUCCCAACAGACAAGACCCAGUGGCCACAGACUCAUUGACCGGGCUCACACUGGGGCAUCCCACAAAGGAAGGUUCCAGUGUCUCCGAGAGGCAGCUUGGGAUCCUGAAGACCCCUGAGAAGGUUGUCUCCUCCUUAUCAGGCCCUGGCCUGGGCAGGGUCAGACUCACAGACCCCGUGCCCACCAGUGGCUGCUGGAAGGCCCCCCACCUCCACACCCAGGCACUAACAGCACUUUGUCCCAGCUCUUCAGGACUCGCCCUCACCAGUUCUAAAACUUCUGCCCCUGGUGAGCCCCACCCAUGGUCCUGGAGUUUCCUCACUGAGGACCCAGAGAGAGCAUCCCCAAGCAGAAAAGCAACCAUAGAGGUUGGGCCAGCCAUCCUCCAGGAUUUGGAAGCCAGUGUUCCAGGCCACCCCAAGGACCUGUCUCCCGGGCAGGAAGGGAGGUCACAGGUACCUAGGGCCCCUGGGCUGGCCUGCUCACCUUACAAGGUUCCCAACCAUAGCUGGCUAUGGGAGUCUGGAUGUCCACAAGUAAAGAAAAAGGAGGCAGAGGCAGCCCUUGGCGUCACCAAAGUGCCUGAUGCUUCAGGUGACAGUAGGCAGGAUGCUCCUCACCGAGGCUGCCCACACAGCCUGGAGCCUGGGCCGAGCCUGCUCCAGAGAAGCCAAGAACCAGGAGACCCUCGAAAGCAUCAGGGCGUGGCAUUGGCACCUGAUGAGCUUUUAAAGCAGACAUAAGUUGUCUGCCAUUUCCUGCACUGAUUCUUGUGUAAUACAAGCUCCUGGAAACCUUC